AUGCACUCACCAGCUGCACGUAGCUGGCGGCGCGGUGCAGUGGAGGGUAAAAGUGCAGGAGGAGGAGUAGGAAGAGGACGUAAGGAAGAUGCGAGUGAUGUGACGCGCACUCACCAGCUGCGAGUGGUCGGCAGCGACGGCGUGGGGCAGUGGGAGUUAGGGGAGAAAAGUGGAGGAGGAGGAAAAGGAGAAGGAGGAGACGGAGGAGGAGAAGGAGAAGGAGGAGGAUCAGAAGGAGGAGUAGGAGAAGAAGCAGGAGCCGGCGGCGACGGCGUGGGGCAGUGGGGGUUAGGAGGGCAAAGUGGAGGAGAAAGAAGAAGAGGAGAUACGAAAGCAGAGGAGAAGAGUCUAGUGAAGGAAAGCGUUCAGACCAGCUGCGCGAAGCCGGCGGCGCGGUGCAAGAGGGAAAGGGUAAACGUGCAGAAGGAGGAGGAGGAAAAAGAGGAGAAG